AUGGGUGUCAAAAACGACUAUCGAGUCUCACAAAUCGUCGUUCUUUGCAAAGAUUGUGGCCAGGAUGUCGGUCUUUAUCCAGCUCGUCAUAAAUGCGAGCAAGUAGUCAGGCCUCCGCUUCCGCCUAUCAAUUUCGACAAAAAAGUAAAGCGCAACAUGUCGACCACAGGCGUUUCACGUAUUGCUGUCGAUGCCAACCAGUGGAAAUGCGUCGCCCGAUCCAACAGUGCCACCACAUUUGAUAGACGUAGAAAAGAACAACAACAUCAAACAGGCAGUCGUCGUGAAUUUAUCGAUAUCAGUAACAGGCUGCCUGCUGAAGAUGAAGAAGACGAACAGCAAGGCAUCAAAGAUCAAGAUGGCUCAUCUCUCUAUUAUGAUCGGUUUGCUGCCAAUCUCCCACAAAAAAACCCGAAGCGCUUUUGGGAUAAAGUGCGCGAUGGCAUGAUGGACCAUGGCCAUGGCAAUAACCAGCUACCAUGGACGGCACCCAAGGGCAACAAUGAGAAUAGCUCAAGCAAAUUAUGGAACAAAUUGAUGGAUUCAGUCCAGCAUAAGCUGCAUGAUGAUGACGGUGAUGUCGGAGCAGAAUCCGACGCCAGUGACUGGGAAGGGGAGUCACAUGUGUCGCGUGUUCUCAGAGAAUACUAUGAAAAGAAACGGGCACCUUUGCCGCAUUAUCUUACGUCGAGAGAGGAUGAUAGUGGUCUGCGUCGUCAUCAAAACAUAAACAAUCAAUACGACUCCGUGGCACUAGCAACGGGGACUGUAAGAAAGAAACCGUCGUUGUUGGAGCAACGGCCAUCGCACCGACGAUACCAGAAGCUCUGGGAGCAGCAGGAAGUGCCCUCUCAGCGAGAGCUGGAGCGCGAGGCAUUGCGCCAAGUGCCACGAGAGGAUCCACCGGUGCUUCGAUCACAAAGUAUGCGGAAUCCCCAUCAUUCUCAUCGCCGUCGGGAUAAUACUCCGGGGCCGCAGCCACAGGCACGUCGUCAUUAUGAUCAAGUGGCAGCAGUAGCAGAAGGACGACGACAGUACCCCCAGCAUGGAGACGAUGGCCGCCAAGACAGCGACAGCAACAAUGACGACGUGCUGAGCACCAUCUAUGGAGACUACUACCUGUCAGAAAGUGUCACGCGCUCCAAGAGUGAGCGAAGGCCAUCGCCACGUAGAAUGCAAGAUACGCCUACGAUGGUUGGGGGUUACUUUUGA